CCGGGGCGGAAGCUCUUUGUCCGGGAACCGGCCCGGCCUCCCCCUGCGUCCGGGCGGGGCGGCGAGCCCCCCCCAGGAGCCUGGGUGUGUCCAGCCGGACCGAGGGAGAGAUGCAAGCUGGAGAACUAGAGCGCAGGCCCCAGCAGAGAUAGGCUGGUCCCUGAAGACAGAUCAGCAGCUCCUGGGUCUCCACAUCCAGGCUCCAUGAGAGAAUAUGGAAACAGCAGAGCCAACGGGCCCAAAUGCAGGGAAUGAGCUGGAGAGAGAUGGGAAGGAGCCAGUCCUGGGACCAACCAUCUCAGUAAGUCCUCGAUGGUCCCGCACAGGAUGGCAACAGUUGAGGACUGAGCAGUGUGACAGGAUGUCCCAGUAUCAGAAAGAUCAACUUCAGGAGGAGCUACAGAGCUUACGGACACCUGCUGAGGUUGUGCCGACAUCAGUCCCUGCAAUAAAAAAGCCUCCGCUGCUGGAUUUGACCCCAGAGGAGGAUAUUGAGGCCUAUCUGGCUUCCUUCGAGCAAGUGGCUGAAGCCUGCCAGUGGCCUAGAGGAGAGUGGGUGACCCGCCUUGUGCCAGCCCUCAGCGGAAAAGCUCGGCAGGCCAUUAGCAACCUGGAUGCCAGAGAUGCUGGAGAUUAUGGGAAGGUGAAGGCAGCUGUCCUGCGAGGGUGUGACAUUGGCAUGGAGACACAGCGCCAGCGCUUCAGGCAGUUCCGCUACCAGGAGGCCGAGGGGCCCCGGGCAGUUUUCUGCCGACUCUGGGAACUCUCCCAUCGAUGGCUGAAGCCGGAGAUCCGCACCAAGGAGCAGAUCAUGGAGCUGCUGAUCCUGGAGCAGUUCCUGACCAUCCUGCCAGAAGAAAUCCAAAGCUGGGUUUCUGAACAUUGCCCAGAGACGUGUGCCCAGGCAGUGUCCCUGGCUGAGGAUUUCCAGGUAGGACCGCAACAGGCGGGGAUAUGAGAGCAGCAGGUAGGCGCAGUUGCGGGGGAAUGUCCAGGGUGCUCCAUUGGGCUCAGCACUGGGGUUGGAGCUGUUUGGGACUCAGGGUUCCGCUGGGUCCCCAGCCACAGGGAUUUUCACAGCUCCCUGCUCUGCACACCCUGCCAUUCUCUCUGGGUAUAAAUGUCACUGCCUCCCUUAUGCAGAGUCAUGCAGGACUCUUGGGCAAUAAUUUCACUAGUACCUGCAGCUGCUGGGAGAGUGCAGUGAUGUCUCCCAACAUCUGAAUUGAUUAGGAGCCUCAUUAACUGACUGGGGCUCCGUGUGAAUCUAGUGUUUGCUGUUAGGAGGCAAUGCAGUAUGGCCUGAUCCUAGAGACCCAGCCCUGACCAUCCUCUGUGUGUCACAUGCAGCCGUCAUGUCCAUGGGGUAGGAGUGUCUCCCGAGCUGCUUCACCUCACAGGACGUGAGUGGCGUAGUAGCUGCAGGUACUAGUGAAAUUGCCAAAGGGUCCUGCGUAACAGGCCAUGGCUUCUUUCUUUCAGCACCUCCCAGAGAUGGCGUCCUGGGGAGCCUGCGUCUCCCUAGGUCCAAGCUCCUCCCAGGCUCAUAUUGCACAGCCUCAGCCUCCUAUUCCUGUUACCUCUCCCAUUAGGUACAGGACCUGCUGGCCAAAGCAGCUUCUGUCUGAGGAGAGGGUGCCCUUUGCCACAGGCACUAUUCAGGUAUGAUUUCCCCCUCACUCCCAGCCCCUGGCUGCCCAGUGACCC